AUGCUUACUCCAUUUUUCACCAUCAACCAGGAUGACGAGUUUAUAUACAUUGACGUCAAAAUUUCGCAUGUCAGAUUCAGUGCACCAAAUAUUGAAAUGACUGUUGACUACGACUUAUUCAGAUUUUCACUCCCUCCAUACUAUUUACGAUUGAGAUUGCCAUACCCAUGCGUAGACGAUGAAAGAUCGCAUGCAGAAUAUGAUUCCAAAUCGGAAUGUGUAAAGAUUAGGAUACCAAAGGAGAAUAAGGGACAGUUUUUUCCUGACUUGGAUUUGACCUCAAAGUUACUUGCAAGAACCAAUGAGAAUAAGGUAGAUGAGCAAAAGCAAAAGAAACCUCUAAUUGAGGAAUUGGAUGUCAAUAAUGAGGUAUGCAACGAUCAAGCUGAAAAAGAUUUGCAAGAGGGCGAGGAUUUUGAUUGGGAGGUUAAACAAGAAGUUCCUGUUAAUCCGACAUUGGAUGCAGGUAGUACUAAGGAUCUUAAAAUUUCUGCAAAUGUCAAAUAUGGGUUUGAUAAUCAAUAUGAUGGAAUCGUUGGCGUAAGUGUAUCCAAUGGUAAUGAUAUCAACGGGCUAGGUGAUCCUGAAACAACUCCAGAAACUGAUCGUAUUAUUGAAAGACUAAUAAAGGAAAAUAUACAGUUUGACCCUGAGAUAUACGCAGCUGACUACAUUAUGGAGAAACAUCCCACCGCUGAUGAUGACAAGAAUUUUAAAGAGUUGAUCGAGUGGACGAAUCCCACGGUUCAAAAGUUUCUUAAGUGGUACAAAUCACAACAACAAUUAAAUGAAGAUGAACGGACUGUUAUAAUGCCAAUUGAUUUUUCCAAGGAAGAGCAAGAGAAAAUGAUGCAAUUACCGAGAAAGUCGUACUUGCUAGAUGAACAGUAUAAAAUUGAAGUUUUAGUUACUAUUGUUUGUCUUUUGUUUGCAUACUACUUUGACCUUCGGGAAAAUGAAGGAGAACACAAUGUUGAAAGUGCUUGGACAAUUGGCAAAAUAACACCUCAAUUUUCCUUUUUGGAUUCCAAACUAACAAUUAAUGGUUCAGACAAUUUGUUGAGAUCAGCAGUCAUAACAUGCAUUAGAAGAGCUUUGACUUACCCACUUCAUCGAAGCUUCGCUUUGUGUAAAAAAGUAUGGGGCGAUGUGUAUUACGUCCUACGAGGAGGGAAGAGACUUGUACUUCUGUCAUUAUUGGAUUUGAAAGAAUUGUUUCGAUUUCAUGACAUUUAUUACGUUUACGACAAGAUAUGGUUGGAGGAUUUGUGUGUAUACUUGAUCAGCGAUAGCGUCACCGAAGGUCAGUUGAGGAAACUUGCUCAUGACGUCAAGAAAACUACCGACACAGUUGGUAAGUCGGAUAUAACUUUUGAAAAAGCUGGUGAGGAGAAUGCAGACAUGUGUGAUGAUGGCGUAGAAGGACAAGAUGAAAUGGUGGCGCUUUCAUUGGACGAUAUUGAUAAAAUGGCGGAGGCUGUAUACGACAACAUGCAGUAA